AUGAUCAAGGUCCGCCCCGCCCCCGGCUCCCCCAAGAAGCCGGCCAGCCUGCGCGAGUGGGCCGGGCGGCUGCGGGUGACGCUGGGUGACCCGGACGUGGAGGCGGCCACCGCCGAGUGCCACAUUUCGUACGACGACGAGCGCGUGCCGCUCGACGGCGUGGGGCGCGAGCCGGCGAUCGAGGAGGGGUGGGUGGCGGUUGAGGACCCGGCGUCGGGCGGGUUUGCUAUUGGCUACGUCUGGCACAACCAGCAGGGUGACCUGAUGUUCAUCUCGGUGCACCCAGAGCACACCAACAAGCGCGAGCCCGCCCGCAAGCGCGAGCGCGACAGCGGCGGCGGCGGCGGCAAGGACACGGGUGGCGGCGGCGGCAAGAAGCGCAAGGGCGAGAAGGAGCCGCGCGCGCGGCUGUUCAACCCGGCGAUGCAGCGGUGGUUCGCGCUGGGCGGGGAGCCGCUGCCGCACCCUGAGCGGCUGGAGCUGCUGACGCACCCGCAGGCGAUGCCUACGCUGGUGCAGGCGCCCCGCGACGUGGUGGCGGCGCUGCAGCGCAAGCUCGACGACGCGGAGUGCGGCGUGCAGUACGACCUCAAGCUUGAGGACCUGUCAGCUGAGCACAAGCGCCAGAUCAAGCGGGGCCGUGACUAA